UUAAAUAAUUAAUAUAUUAUUUAUUCGAAAUUAUUCUGAUUUAUUAAACUGUCAAAUGAAAAAUAAUUAUUAUUAUAAUUACCAUUUGUGAUUUUUCCUCGGAAUUUUGGCAGCCAGACUGCUAAAAGAGAGAAGAAGUUUGGAGAGUUCAGACAAAGGCGUAAAUAUUUUGGAGGAAGUGAAGCCAAGCGGCGGCCAUUUUGUGAUCGUCUCCAGCUGGCUCUGUUUUUUUUUGUCCGCAGUGACUAUCGACUAAAAAAUACGAUCCGUCGUCAAGCAGGCCCUGUUAUACUGGAUUUACCAAGAAGAAGCUGACAGCAUCUGAAAAGAAAGCAAAUAGUAAUAAUAAUAAUAUUAAUAUUGAUAUAUUGAGAAGCUAUACAAAUUUAUUUCCAAGCUCGAACUUUUUAGUUCUUUUGUUUGAAGCAUUACGGGCAACGAGACGCCAUUUUACUUUUUUUAUUUAUCAUCUAUUGCGCAGUUACUUCGCUGGAUUUCCAUCAAGAUCACCAAAACCGGCUAAAAAUUUCAUCUAACCAUCCAGACCGAAAAUUCCACCAUGACGAAUUCAACGCCAAAAAUGAACAACAAAGUCGAGCGACAAGCCUCACCAAACACAAGUACCAAGAAGCGCCCCCGUGGCGGAAGUACGCGAACAACGUACUUCAGCAAUAACAACAAAAAAUACUCCAGCCCGACAACUCAAACUCAAACUCAGACUCCAAAUGGCAACUCGGGCACGAGGUUCAGUUCUAGUCCGUGCAGCAAAAACUACCAGCGUAGUUUGGACAGCUGCGGAUAUUCAUCUUCAUCAUCAUCAUCAUCAUCAUCCAGGUCAUCGGGCAACGGUAGUCCAACGAAUAACUACUUCGCAGGCUCUAAAUGGUCUGACCCACCUUCCCCGACUGCUCUUCCGCAGCCUCCACGUCACUGGACACCGACUCGCUGUCAGCAGUCAGAAAACAGUCUCAUGACCAACCACCUGAAGAUGAUCCUCAAUGUCAAAGCUUGAUACAUUGAUUGUUAAUUCUAUUACUCUAUUCAAUUCAAUUAACCAAUCAAGCAAUCAUUAAUUAAUUAAUUCAUUGAUUAAUUCAUUUAGUGGUUGAUCAAUUCAAUGAACUACGCAAUCAAAAGGACUCCCGUUCCAGUGAUAGUGCUUUACUUGGACAUUGAAAACAAAAAAAAAAUCAAUGCCGGAUUCUGUGCGAUUACUUCAAAGACUAGUUUGAUUUUUUUUUUUAAGAAAAAAAAAAAAUCAAUGUGGGCAAGUGAACUUGGUUAAA